GCUGGGACGGUGCAACAACUGCACGCAAAGCUCCUGAAUUUUUGAAGUGGAAUCUCUAGAUAAUUCACCAUGGAUUCGGAGAGUAGUCGACGGUCCAUUGCCUCGCAGUACUUUAUGGAUGAGGAUUCCACAACGGCCGAUAUGGCAGAAGGAAUCAACACGUCAGAUCGGGUGAUCGACUUAAUCAACCAGACACAUCUGCUGACCAAGGAUUCCCAGAAAAUCGCCAACCUCAAGCACGUGCAGGAGCUGAUUGUGCACAAGGAUCCAACGCUACUGGACAAUUUCCUUGAUGAAGUUCUUCAGUUUCAGCACGACAAAUCGGCAGAUGUCAGAAAGUUUGUGGUUGGCUUUAUUGAAGAGGCAUGCAAGAAGGACAAUGAUAUGUUAUGCAGCGUGAUUCCGCAUCUGAACCUGAUGCUAAGUGAUGCAGCACAGCAUGUGGCGGUCAUUAAGAAGGUCAUCCUGUGCAGCAUGCAGCUGUACAGAGUUGCUCUCAAGUGGUUGGUCAACGCCAGGACGUUUGGUGAAGAGAUGGAAGCAGUCUGGGACCAGAUACAAGAAAUCAAACGCAAGGUGUUUAUCAUGCUGGACUCGGAAAAUGACGGCAUCCGUACUCACUCCACCAAGUACAUGGAAUCCCUCAUCCUGGUGGAGUCUGCCAGAAUCCAAGGAUCCGAGAUCCCCAAGAAACCAGAAGCAGAUAUGUCCCUGGAUCAGAUUCCAGAGGAGCAUGGGCUUUUGAAACGUGAUGAACUGGAGAAAGAUGGUCUGCAUGGCUUUGAGCUGUUGCUAGAUCUGCUUGCCUCUCCUAGCAUUACUAGUGUGAACCUGAUGGCAUGUAUGGGCUCCCUUACCACCAUUGCCAAGCAGCGCCCACAGUUCAUGCCCAGGGUCAUCCAAGCUUUCGAAACUCUCCACGUCAACCUACCACCAACACUGGCUAAGUCACAAGUGAGCAGUGUCCGCAAACACCUGAAGAUGCAGCUACUGAACUUGUUGAAACAUCCGUCGUCAGUCAGUCUUCAUUCCAACAUCACCACAUUGCUGACAGACUUGGGAGCAUCAGAAGCGGAGAUUGCAAAGAACACGCCCAAAGUACGUGAGAGCUUCAAGCGUCCCAGACCAGCAGAUGAUGAAGGGUCAUCUAGCAGCAAGAAGCCAAAGACGACAACAGUGAAAACAAUCCAGCAGGUGAUGGAUGAAGAUGAGAUGGGUCGGGAAACCCCCAUCCACCCCUCCCUCCUCCCCUCCAUGCCAAGCACCAGCAAAGCCGGUGUGCAGCCGCCGGCCAAGGUCUCUGUUGUGGAUUUGUUGGCAGAGGAGCUGACACCUUUGCUACAGAAUGUGGAGAACGUGGCAAACCUUGUGCUCAUCAGUAUGGUGACGUUGCCAGAUAGCAUGCCCCCACAGUUCCAGUCCACCUACACCCCCAUUGCGGCGGCAGGAACCGACAGCCAGAUCGGCCACUUGGCCCGCAUGAUGAGCAGUCAGUUUGCGGCAGCAGGCAUCAAACCACAGAAUAUGGAGGUUAUUGAAGAAGAAGAGGCAGCUGAUAAGGAGAAUAAGUUGCAGGCACAGAAGCCAACGGGCAUUCCUGUACUAGGGGAGGCAGAGGAGGAAACUAGCCGCAAGAAAUCGGGGCUAUCCUUCCAAGCCCCGAUGGGGGUGCCCAAACCACGAGCCAGAAUGAAGCAGUUCAGGCUGGGUGAUGUGACUGUACCGCUGGAGCAACCAGUGGCCAAUAAGCUCAUCAAGGGGGCUGUCUCUAGGAUAAUUGCCACAGAGAAAAUGUCUCAGCAGGGAGGGGCAUCUCAGGCCCGGAUCAAGAUUCUUGUAGGACUUGUCAGCCAGUUUGGCGGGGAUCUCUUUCCAAUGCUGAAGGACCAUGUUCUAGAAGAUCUUCGUUCGCGUUCUGAGCUGGCCUUUGCCUGGCUGUAUCAAGAGUACAGCAGCUACCAGGGAUACAUGCCUCGCUACUUGGACCAAGAAAUCACCAUGAAUCGAUACGACAAGUUGCUGUGUGCCAUGCUGAUGGCACUGCUGGACAGACCGGACCAGAGAGAUGGAUUGUUCACACGCCUUAUAAUGGAAGCGCCAGUUAUUACUGAGAGAGCAGUCAAAGUCAUCCGGAAAUUCUGCGAAGAUGAGACCCAUUUCUUCACCGGUAUGCAUGCCCUGCGUGAGCUGAUCUUGAAGCGGCCAGCAAACAUCAAGCGCUACCUGCAGGAGCUUCUUGAACUCAGUUUUCAUGAACGGACAGAAGUCAGGUCGCAGGCCACCCAGUACGUCAAACGACUCUACGAGAGGCAAGACUUGAAAGAAACAAUCGAGGAUUUUGCUAGCACGUGUCUGCACUACCUGCUGAGUGAGCCGAAGGCUGCCCUCAUUAGUCGAACCUCGGAGGUGUCAGAAGGCAGCGAGGAGGGUGGUGAUUGGACGGAAGCCUCCAUCAAGCUGUGCCUGCAUCUAUACCUGGCCUUGUUACCUAGCAACCACAGCCUCAUACAUGAGCUUGCGACAGUUUAUGUAGCCACUGCUGCUCUCAUCAAAAGGACCGUUCUAAGAGUGCUUGAAGCGCCGGUGCGUGGGAUGGGCAUGUCUUCCCCUGAACUGCUGUUGCUGGUUGAGAACUGCCCAAAAGGAGCAGAAACACUAGUCACUAGAAUGCUACACAUAUUGACUGACAGGGCUCCGCCGUCGCAAGACCUUGUAAAGCGAGUGCGUGACCUGUACCUGAAACGUGUCUCUGAUGUACGCUUCUUGAUCCCCGUUCUGAUUGGAUUGGAAAAGAAAGAGGUGAUAGCGGCCCUGCCCAAACUGAUCAAGUUAAACCCCAUUGUAGUCAAGGAGGUGUUCCAUCGCCUGCUGAUGAGUCAUCAGGGGGACAACAGCGCCGGUCAGAGCCCGCUGACGCCGGCCGAGCUUCUGAUAGCACUGCACAACAUCGACACAUCCAAGUGUGACAUCAAAUCCAUCAUUAAAGCCACCAGCCUGUGUUUCAACGAGAAGACCAUCUACACCCAAGAGGUCCUGGCCGUAGUCAUGCAGCAGUUGAUGGAGCAAGGCACCGUGCCCACGCUGCUCAUGCGCACUGUCAUCCAGUCUCUGGGCAUGUAUCCUAGACUCAGCGGCUUUGUCAUGAACAUCCUGCAGCGGCUGAUCGUCAAACAGGUCUGGAAUCUGCCCAAGGUCUGGGAAGGAUUUGUCAAGUGCUGCGAGCGCACCAAGCCCCAGUCCUUCCAGGUUCUUCUGCAGCUUCCAGCCGACCAGCUCAAGAAUGUCUUUGAGAUGAGCCCAGAUUUGCGCACUCCGAUGCUGGCACACGUGCAGACCUUCACACCACAUCAGCAAUCACACAUUCCACCAGCCAUCAUGGCAGUCCUAGAAAAGGAUCCGCUGGCCGAGAAGAAGAAGAAGGAAGAGGAGGAACGAAAGAAACUUUCGGAAGAGCUGAGGAUCAAAAAGGAGGCGGAAGAAAAACAGAAGGAAGAAGAGCGACUACUCAAGGAAAAGCUGGCCGAGGAGCGGCGCAAGCAGGAGAAGCUGAAAAAGGAGGCCGCUGAGAAGGCCGCCAAGGAAAAGGCAGAAAAGUUGAAAGCCCAGCGGGAGGCAGAGGAAAAGAAGAGGAAAGAAGCUGAAGAAAAACUGGCCAGGGAGAGGCAGGAGAAGAUGAAAGCUGAGCAAGAGGCCAGUCUGAAGGCAGCCAGGGAGGCAGGGGAGAGAGUGGCCAGGGAAGCCAGAGAGAAAAGGGAGAAGAGAGAAGCAGCCAGGGAAGCCGGACUGAAAGCGGCACGAGAAGCCAUGGAGAAGAAAGAGGCCGAGGAGAAGGUCCGGAGACAAGAGGAGCAAAGAAAGGCAGCACUGGCUCGACAGGAGGAAGUGGAAAAGAAGAAAAGGGAGGAGGAGUUAAAAAAGCAGGAAGAGAUUAAGAAGAAAGAGGAAGAAGAUGAGAGGAGACAGAAGGAGGAAGAAAAGAAGAAACAAGAAGAGAGAACGAAACAGGAAGAGGAACAGAAAAAACAAGAAAUGGAGGCAGAGAGGAGACGACAAGAACAAAUUGAGGAGGAACAGAAAACACAAGAAACUGUGACAGUUAAGCGAGAGGCAAUUGAGACAGAGGAACCGGAGCCGGCAGUAGAAGAGAUGCUCCCAAAGAUUAAACUAGAGAAACUAGACGAGGAAACACCAGAAGCCACCAUUGGAGGCGAGAUGAAAAUUAAGGAUGAAAUUGAGGAUGAGACAGAGGAGGAAGCGACUGAGACGCCAUCUCAGGAGACCACGGAAGAAGAAAGCCAGUCCUCUGAUGCACUCGCCUCGGCUGAUACUGAGAGUGUAGAUACUGAGGAAGGGCUACACUCCGAGGAGAUGCAGUCACCUUCGGUAAGGGGGCGGGGAAGGGGAAGAGGACGAGGGCGUGGAAGGAGCCAAAAAGACUGCAACGCCAUCCCCCUCAGGUACGAGGAAGAGCACGAGGAAAAAGAACUAGUGGCAUUCCAGGACAGUUUCUUUGGCGGGUACUUUUAUAGCUCAUAAAGAUCUUUGUGGUUUUUGUAUUCUGUAGUUUAGGUUUCACUGUGAAUUCUAUAACAGCUGUGGGUGAGUGGUCUUGGAACUACACAUUCAUAUUACUCUUAUAAGGAUAAGAGGUAACAUGGACAGGACAAAAUGUCACACUUUGGACCCCAAUAUUAUUGAAUGACCCAGAUAUAAAUUAUAUUAGUUUCAUUUUCUUUAUGCACCUUUGCUCUACGAAGUGAAUAAAUGUAUGCAUAUUAUGUAUAGCCUUUGUUCAAGGAAAGUGGUUUUGAUGCUACUAUGUGCAUACAUGAGACAAGUUUAAAUAAAGAGCAUAGUCAUAAUGUAUUGAUGAAUCUUUCCACUUUCUGAAGUAAUGAUUAAUGCAGGGGGCAUUAGACACGAGUAUAAAUGGUGGUAUGCUGCCCUCGUUGGGUCAUGCGUGGCCCAGAUAAAUAUGGUGAUGGACCAUGAACAGAACGGUCGAGCCUUUGUCUGUAUAUUACACAUGUACAUUAUAACAACAUGAAACUUGUUCUGCAGAAUCAAGAAAUAAAAAAUCACACUUCUUAAAAA